UCAGCCUCUGUUCCCAGCUUGCAGUGUCCAGACAAAGGAAAACGGUCAGAGAGUGAGGAACAGACAGCACUAGAGAGGGACACAGUGAGAGUGAACGAUCCCAGGGGAAGAACAGAUGAAGAAGGAAAGGGAGACAGAUGAAAGGCCAUUGGAGGAGAGGGGCCAGUGGGGGAGUAAGGUGGAGUUCCUCCUGGCGGUAGCGGGGAACGUAGUGGGGCUGGGAAAUGUGUGGAGGUUCCCUUACCUCUGCUACAAGAACGGCGGUGGAGCGUUCCUUGUGCCAUAUUUACUCUUUGUGGUGAUCUGUGGGAUACCCCUGUUCCUAUUAGAAACUGCCAUGGGGCAGUACACCCAGGAGGGGGGCAUCACCUGCUGGAGGAAGCUGUGCCCAUUGGCUGAGGGAAUUGGCUAUGCGGGCCAGCUGAUCCUGUUUUACAGCUGCAUGUGUUAUAUCAUCAUCCUGGCCUGGGCUCUCUUCUACCUCUACUUCUCCUUCAGCUCACAGCUGCCCUGGGCCAGCUGCUCCAACACCUGGAACUCAGAUCACUGUGUGGACAUUUCCAACCGAAACCUCACCACAAACUGGACCCAACAGCCCAACAACUCAUCUUCUGCAGCCACUGAGUUUUGGGAGAGACGUGUGCUGUUGAUCUCGGGGGGCAUUGAGGAGGUGGGCAGUGUGAGGUGGGAGGUGCUUCUGUGCCUCAUCAUCAUGUGGGUCAUCUGCUACUUCUGCAUCUGGAAGGGGGUGAAGUCUACAGGCAAGGUGGUUUAUUUCACUGCUACUUUCCCAUACCUGAUGCUUUUGGUGUUGCUGAUACGAGGGCUAACUCUACCUGGAGCUCUGCAGGGGGUGGUGUUCUACCUGUACCCUGACCCCUCCCACCUGACAGACCCACAGUUUGUGAUGUCACUGCAGGUGUGGAUGGAGGCAGGAUCUCAGAUCUUCUUCUCCUACAGUCUUGGAGUGGGUACUUUAACUGUGUUGGGUAGCUACAACACAUAUAACAACAACUGCUACAAGGACUGUUUGUGGCUGUGCCUGCUGAACAGCGGGACCAGUGUAGUGGCGGGAUUCGCGGUCUUUUCUGUGCUGGGGUUCAUGGCACAUGAGCAGGGCGUCGCCAUUGAGGAAGUGGCAGAAUCAGGACCUGGUCUGGCAUUCAUUGCGUACCCCCAAGCAGUAGCAAUGAUGCCCCUACCUCAGCUGUGGGCCACCUGCUUCUUCAUUAUGAUCAUCCUGCUGGGCCUGGACACACAGUUUGUGGCAAUGGAGGCGGUGAUGACAACGAUGAAAGACCUGUUUCCCACGGUACUGCGGAGGGCCGGGCACAGAGAGAUCUUCCUCCUGCUCUUCUGCUUCACCUGCUUUGUCUUGCAGCUGGUGAUGGUCACACAGGGGGGAAUAUUUGUGUUCCAACUCUUUGACUACUACGCCUUUAAUGGGGCCUGUGUGUUCUUCCUGUGCAUGUUCAAGGUCCUGGCCAUGGGUUGGCUAUUUGGGGCGGAGCGAAUGGUCGAUGUGAUUGAGGACAUGACCGGGGAGCGUCCCUGCCUCAUCUUUAAGCUCUGCUGGCUCUACUUCACACCACUGGUGACCCUGGGAUCCUUCAUCUUCUCUGUGGUGGAGUACCAGCCCCUGACCUUUAACCGCUGGUAUGUGUACCCAGACUGGGCGUACGUGCUGGGCUGGCUGCUGGCCCUCUCCUCUGUUGUACUGGUUCCGGGGUGGAGUCUGGUCAAGCUCUCCCUCAGCACUGGCACUCUCAGACAGCGUUUGUCUCAUCUGAUUCACCCUGAUGAUGACCUCCCCCUGACCCGGAAGCAAAUGGCUGAGCGAAACCAUGUGAUUUCUGCUACAGAGAUGAAAGAGUUAGUGACCAACCAAAAGUCAAUAAAGUGACAGUAAAAGUUUUUUCUAAUUCAUACUUGCUAACAAGGCAUGGGAGAUUUAAAUAUUUUUAACAGGUCACAUCCUGGUACCACUUUGCUUACCAAUGCUUGAUUCAUAUUUUUAAAAAACUAGAUGAUGUUAAAAGUGUGCAUUUGAAAAUCAUAACAGUAAUCUAGAGAAUAGUUCUAAUCAGGUAUGGCUUUAGAUACCAGGUCGUAAAGUUUGCUUUUUGGUGAGGAAAUACUGUAUUUUUUGACGGGUCACUCUUCACUGCACACAUGGUGCUUUUUUCGUCAGCUAUAAGCAACCGAUGCAAACAAAUAAAGGAUUGCUUUUUUAGGUACUUAACAGUCAGUUGAUUGACAAACUGAAAUUUAUGAAAAAUAUUAUGCAAGAUUGGGGGAAAAAAUCAUGACUAAUCUGAAUUCUCGUUGUGUUUUGGAGAUACCUUGUUUCAUUCAGUUGCCAAAUUAAAUAUGAUAAUUGUA